AGAAUACUUGAUCAUCUUUGGGCGAUUCUAGUGGUGUAUAUGUGUAUAUUUUUAAAAAUUCAUUGAGAAAUUGGAUGUUGACGCCAGAAGGUUCUUGGGGAGGUGUACGAAGCGGCUCGGGACGGAUGCUGCUUUCGCCUCAAAGCCGGUUGGUAUCCAGAGGAAGAGAGAAAAAGGCAAAGAAACAGUGGAAUGAGGAUCACAGAUGGAUAUCUGUGGCGAGAGAUGUUUAUGACAGCUGGAGGAAAAUGAAGUGUAUGUGUGUGUAUUCGUCAGACACGGCCUUCGCUCAACAUCUCUUGUCCUUGGAGAUGCGACGAAGAGCGGGGUAAGUCACUUCAGUUUUAUCCAUUUAACAUAAUAUCUUUUCUCCCCCCUUAGUUUAUACACGUAUCAUAAACAUAUUUCUCUCCCUCUAGUUUGCUUGGGAUUGUGGCGUCCAAAAGUGGAGUGCGUGGCCGUGGAACCAAAGAAGCGUAGUUACUAAAACAUGGAACGACCUAAAACCACCUAAAACCAUCUACAACCACCUAAAACCACCUACAACCAGCUCAAAAAAUUCAACAACCACCUACAACCAUCUACAACCACCUCAAAAACAUCUACAACCACUCGCAAAGAAUCUAAAACCAUCUAAAACAGGGUAUAAAUGUCUGAAAUAGUUUCACACAAAUGUAUGUAGUCCCGCAGCAUCCUUUAGUCUAGUGUGAACGUGUCUCACUUGUAGAGCCUGAUUUUAUACAGCUAUUAACCCGUUUACAGUUACAAGAAUUAGAAAACAUUAUAUAAUGAUAUCUGAUAAUUCUUUUCAGCAAAAUGAAUCAAAACGUUCUCACCAGUAACGUCCCUUGGCGGGGAGGGAACAAAUUUUUCGUUCCAUUUUAGCUCGUAAAGUUCCAGCUACUCUAGCCUGUGCCAGGCUCUCAGAUAGUAUAGUGGGGACGUAUUUACAACGAGCAAAGCGAAAAUAGGAAGCGCGCAUAUCCUGUCACUCCCAAGAAGAGGGCCGGGGUGAAAUUUGGGUUCCAAAACAUAAUAAAGGUAUAUAAAAAUCCAGGUAAAUUACUUUAAAUACAAUCAUUCACUAUUAAAAUUUUUCAACCCAUUUUUAUUAAUUUCGGCUCGUCUUAACUUGUUUUCUUCUGAAUCCAUUGCAUUAUAGAUUUUUUAAAAUAACAUUUUUAACAAUGAUUACACCCACAAGUUUCCGUUUCCUGUGUCGUGACACAAGGGAGUUUAGCCUUGCGUGAUGACACAGGAAAACGUCUCAUUGAUACCCAGGGUAGUAAAAGCCAAAUCAAGUCAGUCUUUCGACUAUGAUUUUGUUAUUUUAUCUUAUUAUUUUUUGUGACUUGAUAGUUCAUUUUGUAAAGUUCUUUUUAAGUCUUUUAAUAUACUUAGCGUGAUCUCGCAUUUCAUUUCGUGACUUAAGCCAAUGGUUGAUGAUACAAAGGACCAGGGAGAGUAAGAUUUUAAGGGGAAGUGGAUGUUUUGUUCGAUUCUCGUAUUUCAUGUUCGUGACAUGUUGUCAUCUCGCCUUAUUUCAGACAUUUAUACCUUGUUUUAGAUGGUUUUAGAUUGUUUGCGAGUGGUUGUAGAUGUUUUUGAGGUGGUUGUAGAUGGUUGUUGAAUUUUUUGCUGUGGUUGUAGGUGGUUUUAGGUGGUUGUAGAUGGUUUUAGGUGGUUUUAGGUCGUUCCAUGUUUUAGUAACUACGACCAAAGAAGCUCCUUUGAGUGUUCAAAGCCCGCGGAAGCAUCUUGAUCUGGGAUCGUCUGGCGAAAUUCAAGGUAAUCUUUGUUCACUUACGGAAACUCUUCCUUAUAAGCUAUCUAUUUGCUUUCGUUUUGCAGUUGCUUUAUGUUUUUUGGCUAGUCUUCGAAGAUGUUGACAUUACAAUGUAGUCAUUUGUUGUUUUGGUACAGAUCCUUUUUAUCCUGGAGUAACAUCUACUCCUUCCAAGUCUCGAGACGUGCCACUGCAGAAAACUCCCGUAGUUUUACAGAACAGCAGGUACUUUGAUUAUAUAAUUCACCAUGCAGUCACUUAUGUAUAUGAAUCCUAAUUCUGAGAAACUUGUCUUUGAUACCUUACAUUAGUUCUUUGCUUAUAAUACUACUCUGCUAGCCUUAUGGGUGAAUGGAAGACAUAGGCUAUUAAUCAGUUGCUGAUUUUGACACAGUCAUUUCUGUUUGCAAAUUAUUUGUCUGUCACGAAUUUUAUGAUCAUUAUGAUCAUCCUGUCACUGCUUGCAUCACUUUAACCAGUGAGUUUCAAGACAAGCAAAAGAUAAUCACUAAAUUCAUCUUUAUACACCGUAUUAGGUGAAUUUUGUGUGCUGUAAUACUGGAGAUACAUAUACAUAUACAUCACAUCAAUGGAAAAGAUGUUGUGCAACAUUUUGUGUUAUCCAGAUCUUUCAGCUGUUGGUUGUUGCUUCCUUUUCAGUUUUGAUGCAGACGUUGAUGUCACUGGCAGUGAAGUAACCACUGUUGGUGAUACGAGUUUCAUUGUAGAGGAAGGAGAGGUCACUAUUUUAGACAAUAAGGAUGAUCAAGACAGUGAUUCAUACAGCGACACAAGUAGGGACAGUGAUGAUCCAACAUUGUACGUUGCUGUUUGUUUUGUUUUUUCUUUUCAGAUAGAAUUAUUUCUUUGUGGCUCUGUUUAUGACCAUCAAAGUUGAUGUAAACUCUAGAACUUAUUUCAUUGUUGUCCCCAGGCUGAGAUCUAGAUUCAGCACUCUGGCAGAUUUUGAAGCAAGUCUAGAAAACAAAGACACAUAGUUUUCUCAAAGGUUCAGAAAAUUAUAAAGUGUAACACUUACUUGUGGUUACUGAAACAUGAUGACUAGUUUUACAUGCAUGUAAGCUAUCUCACUAGAUCUGUAGUGCUUGUCAAAACCUCUGGGGAUAGGAAUCUGUUUUCUGAUGUCUUUUAUAAGGCUAGUGAAUGUAAAUAUUCUUAUCUGUAAGAUGUACCUUUAAUACUUUGAUAUAAGUUUAUUUUUAGUUAUAUAUGUAUUUUCUUUUUCCAUCAUCCUUAGUGAUUUGAAUUAUCUCGGUGGUGCUCUACAGGAGUUUGAUGAGGACCUUGACGAUGACAGUGAAUUAUCGACAGACAGUGAAGAAGACAUGUUCUACAGGUCAGUGAAGUGCAGAAUUGAACUUGGUUAUGUACUUUGUCACUUGAGAACAAAAUUUUAGCAUUAUGGGUUACUGCUAGAACAAGCGCCUGGUGGUGGUUUCAUGAUAGAUAAAUUAUCAUGAUUAUUUUGUUUGUUAAAAGGUUUAAUGAGAAUAAAAAAGGCAAAGCAAAGGUAAUCAGCAACCAUAUUUUACUUCGAUACUUUGUGACAGUACACUCAUCUUACCCCCUUCUCUCCAUCAAUUUUCUGUUUUAAGGGUGUUUUAAGUUAGUCAAAGCUACUCAGAAAAGAGAAAAGGAGAAACUUGGAUGUUAUGUCACCAGGUAUCAAACUCGGGACCUUGCACACUGAAGGCCAUGUACUAGCCAACUGUGUCACCCUUGCUCCUUCUAUAAUAUUUGGUAAUAUUAAUUUUUUAUUGUUUUUAUUUUCUCAUGUCAUGUGGGGAAGAGGAAUCAAGAGAUGAAAUAAGUACCAUGGGUUCGUCUGGAGCAACUGAUAAGGACCAGUCAGCAUCGCCAUCGCCUCUUCAGUUAUCUGUAGCUACAUAAACAGAUUCUUCAAUAGCAGAAACACCUUCCUCGCCAGAAACGUCCACAGCCCUUCCCUCUUUACAACCAGACCCUUACGUGAAAAAUGCCC